AUGACGCGCGCGGUGAACGCGUUCGUCGUCGUCGUCGUCCUGGGAACCGCCCUGGGCGUGCGCGCGGUGCACGAAUCGCAGGUGGACGAGCGAAGGCGCCUGCGCGAGGGCGUCGCGCGGGACGCCGAGCGCCUGCGCGCGCGCGCGACGCGGGAGAAGGCGCGAUUGGAAUCGUAA